ACACUUACAUAAGAAUUUGGAUCUCUUACCUCAGACUUAUCCGAUUCAUCCAGAAAAUUGCACUUCGUCUGGUCACCGAGUUAUUCUUAGACAUAACUGAAAUAAUAGACUUUAACUAAGUUUCAGGUAUUUGUUGAAACGGACAAAUGUAGAUAAAGGUGACAUUUACAAUGAAAUUUGAUUUAUUUUCCUUGAUCCAAUUCCAAUUACCACAAUAAACGCGAUGGUUAAACAAUCGAUACAUAUUUUCCAGAUAAUCUUCACCGACGAUUAUCUUGAAAGUUUUUCCUUGUUAGGGUUUCCUUACCAUUUUCCUUUCUGAUUUUUUUCCUUAUUCCAUGGAACACGCAUAUGUGAGGAAGUCUAUAUCAGCAUACUGAUAAUGCAGGUACGGUGCGGAUUGGCUGAAACACAUCAAAAUAAAACCGCUAUCAACUUUUAUUGCAUUGAACUGUCACACAAAUUAUCAUUUAGACGAUUAGACUGUGCGUUUUCAGUUGUAAUUGUGUGGCAAUCUGUAACACCUAAGGUUAUCGGAAAAUCAUUAAAAUAUCAUCCCUUCCACAGCUCAAUAGGCCUACUGUUUGAAACUAUAAAGAUGGAAUUCUACAUGGCUUAGUGUCAUUACAGAAGUUAGACAUUGUAGGCUACACAUUGUGUUAUCUACGAGUUGUGAACUGCAUUCUGUACAGUGUCGUAGUUAGACAUUUUAGGAUACACAAAUCGUGUUAUCUAAAGUUGUGAACUGCAUUCUGUACAACAACAUUACAGUUUUUAGACAUUGUAGGAUACAAUUGUGUUAUCUAAAAUUUGUGAACUGCUCUUCGUGAUCUGCAGACCGUGUGGAGAGUUAUACAUCGCAGCACAACACUACAGAUAGUUGGAGAUUGUUAGUUACAUAGUAGCAGUACUUCAUAAGCACUCUGUAAGCUUCUACAAAGGUAUUGUAGUCUCUACUCAACAAGCAACUUUUUCCAGAAUCAGCAUCAACUUCUGCAAGACUCUGUAAGCUACCAGUAUAGUUGCUAUUCAACUAGCAACUUUCAAGAACUAUCAACUUCUGGAACGCUCUGUAAGCUGCUAGACAAGUAUAUAGUUUUUAUUCAAGUAGCAAGCAACUUUUUAUCAGCACCAUGGUUACUCAGAUCAGUUGCCUACUAGCAGUUGUGCUGUUCGGCCUAGUGAGUGUUGAAGCGGUGAAACUCUCGAUAGUGAACCGAUGCGGCUACACAGUGUGGCCAGGAGCGAUCCCCGGUGGCGGAGUCCGUCUGGAUCCGGGCCAGUCGUGGAACCUGGACAUCCCGGCCGGCACGCAGGCGACCCGCUUCUGGGCCCGCACCGGUUGCAACUUCGACGGCAGCGGACGCGGGAGCUGUGUCACUGGAGACUGCGGCAACAUGAAGAACUGUCAAGUAUCGGGCGCCCCGCCCACAACACUCGCUGAGAUCACGUUCGGUCGAAACGGCGUGGGUGAUUCUCUCGACUAUCUCGAUAUCUCGUUGGUCGACGGGUUCAACGUGCCAAUGAGCAUCCAACCGACCAACAACCAGAACCGUUGCCAGCCUGGGGGACGCGGACCCACCUGUGCGGCCAACAUCAACGCCCAGUGUCCCCAGGAGCUGAGGGUGCCCCAGGGCUGUGACAGCGCCUGCACAAAGUUCGGCGGAGACUUGUACUGUUGUCGGGGUCAGUACACCGACAACUGCCCACCCACCAAGUACUCGCGCUUCUUCAAGCAACAGUGUCCCGAUGCCUACAGCUACGCCAAGGACGACCAAACCAGUACCUUCACCUGUCCCGCUGGAACCAACUACGACGUUGUUAUGUGUCCCUAAAUCGAUAUAAUAUACCGAUCAGGACAAUUAAUAUAAUACUAAUCAGGAACAAUCACAAAAUGGAAUCGAGGAAGGUGAAUUGAAAAAGUGAUCUCUUCUGAGUGUGUUGAAUUUUGGUUGUGUUGCUUGUUAAAGUGAGGUCCACGUUAUAAUGACAGUGUUUGGUUAGCAAUGGUACUGCUAUCCUUGCCUAUCAUUCAACAAAGUGGAUAGCGCUUAUCUCUUUCUCGUUUUGCUCUGUUGCCAGAUCGUCUUUUAACAAUAUUGAAUUAAUAAUCAAUAAACAAAAUAUUCAUCUUAAUUAUGAAAAUUCAUUGUGAAAUUAUUGAAAAUAUAGUUUUAUAGUUUCUUGCUUAAUAAAUUAUAAUUGAUUAUUUUAAACGAGAAUGAACCGUUGAUAUUACAUCAAUAAACCUGUAUCAGCUACCGUCUGUAGAAGGCAUUGACAAGGUUCGGCAACGUUGCUCUGCUAUCUUUCUCCACUGCUAUUAUAACGUGGACCUCACUAGUGUCUUACCCUCUUCUUUCUUCCUUCAAAUUUUAUUUGAGAUUAAGAUACCUAAUUUCAUCCACUAAAAUAUGCAAUCAAUAUGAUAUUAUAGAAAAAGAAUAUAUCCCAUAGUAUAGGGUGUUUAUUUUCCAAUUUUCACUGUUAACUCAAGCCGAUAGUCCACGUAGUUAUUUUUCGUGAAGCUAUGUGACGCCGUUAGUCUCUCAUACUGUGCCGUUAUUGCACUCUCACCCGGCCAAAACAAUUAUAGACAGUAGCCGAUAGUAAACGGCUUGAGUUAACAAGAAAUUGGUUUGAAAUCUGUUACAACCUAACAUGGAUAUCUAUAACAUGGAUUUAUAUACCAUGGUUAUCUAUAAAACGACCUAUACCAUGGAUAUCUACUUAUGCUAUAUUUUAUCUGUGAUAAUACUGAUCAGGAUAGUAACAUAAAAUCAGGAUCAGUUAGGAAAUGGAAUCGAGGAAGGUGAAUUGAAAAAGUGAUCUACUUUGAUUGUGUUGAAUUGUUUGUGUUGAAUUUUAGCUUACCCCCUCCUUUCUUCCUUCAAAAUUCAUUUGAGCUUAAGAUCGUUCUAUCCACUAAAAUAUGCAUUCACUAUGAUAUUCAGUCCUAUUAUAGAAUUAUUGUAUUGCUUGCGUUGAAUGUUAGCUUACCCUCUACUUUCUUUUAAAUUUAUUUGGGAUUGAGAUCCCUUAAAAUAUGCAUUCAAUAUUGAAUUAUUUUGCGUUUUGCAAUAAAAUUUCAUUUCCAAUAUAAGAUACAGUCCUAUUCCAAAAGUAUCUACAGAAUAACGAAAUGCAAAAAUUCAGAUUACCAUUAAUAGUAUUGAAAUUUGAUUGAAUUAUUUUGCGUUUUGCAAUAAAAUUUAAUUUCCUAUAUAAGAUACAGUCCUAUUCCAGGAGUAUCUACAAAAUAGCGAAAUGCAAAAAUUCAGAUUACCUUCAAUAGUAUUGAAAUUUAAUUGUUUAGCUUGAUUGCAAGAACAAAAUAAUCUUAUAUGAAUAGAAUCCUUGAUUUUAAUCUUGAAGAUUAUUGAACCUAAUUUGUAUAGCUUAACGGCAAUCUUCAAAUACGUAUUCAGUAUUUUUAAUUUUAAAUUGUGGCUAUAUUGAAUUAAAAACUAUGCCUAUAUUAAGUAUUGAAUCAAAUAUAUUUUAAUUUCUUAUCUCAUUCAAUAUCUUGUAUUGCUUUACUCAGAAUAAAUGUCUAAAAAAUUAAAAGGAAUCAUUCGUUUUUACAUCCAUUACAAAUAUUUCUUGACAGGAUAUAACAUGUAAUUGGUGAAAUCAUGUUGAGAUUUAUCUGAAUCAGAUCAAGAAUUAUUAUUUACAAUCAAAAUAUUUACUACUCCAAUUUGGAAACAUCAGCAGUGGAUAAAUAUGCUUAGGAUAAGCAUAGGAUAAUAUGCUAUCUUUUCUCAAGCAUUAUAAGAGUAAAAUCAUUAUACCACAUCUUAUUAAUGCGUCUACAUCUUGUAAACAUUGUGUCCACAUUUCAAGUAAUUGAUAAAAAAUAACAAUUAGAACUUCUCUGUAUAAUCCACUACGAUACUUAUUUUUCAAAGUAGGUACUAUGACUGAAAAACUAAUUUGAAGUCCGAAUACUGUAAAAAAAUUAAUUGGAAAAGCCUAUAUAAUUAAUUUGAAUGGGUAGACUAUUUUUUGACAAUUAAUAAUUAAUUAGAUCAGCCACAAAAAAUAUAUCAUUUUAAAAGGUCAAAACAAUAUAAAAACGGCUCUAAUACUGUUUCCCAGAUAAACAAGUGAUGGAAUGUAAUUGCGUCAAAAAGAAACAUAAAAUUUGAGUAAUUAUUUUCUCUCUUGAUUGAUUAAUUUUUAUAAUUAAACAGAAUAAGACAUUCCAAAUUGGUGAUAAAAGUUAUUUUAUUUCCCAUAACAAAAUAUU